AUGGCUCGUGGAAGGAAACCAACUAACGAUGGAGGCGCUAAGAACACCCGCAAGAACAAGAACACUGUCGACCAUGUUGAUGAGGGGUUGGUUCACUCUCAGCACUCUGAGCCCUCUCAGCACUCAGAGCCCUCACAGCAUACUGAGAAGUUUGUGUUGGAACCCGCUGUUCGUGAAGCUGUUAGGGAUGAAAUCCUUGGGAUGAUUCAGGAGUUUCUGCCAGAUAUCGUGAAAGGGGCUUUUGAAUCAUUAAAAGAUGACGUGUUGAAGGAUAUUGGGACUAAGAAAAAGAAGGCAACUGAUGAUGAUACCGAUGGUGAAGGGGAUGGUACAGGUAAGAAUGGAAAAGGGGGUUGUAAUUAUGCAGCUUUUAAGAGGUGUGAGCCACCUCGUUUUGAUGGACGAAAGGACGCAGUGGCGACUUGUCACUGGCUGUCUGAGAUGGAGGCUGUAAUCUCUAUUAGUGAGUGUCGUGCUGAUCAGGCGGUGAAAUUUGCUGCUCAUUCAUUCAUCGCCGAGGCACUACACUGGUGGAACACUAUUCGGGAAAGGAAGAGUGCUCAAGAGUUGGAUGAUAUGAAAUGGGAAGAUUUGAAGCAGAUGGUAAAAAAGAAAUUUUGUGCUCCUAACGAAAUUGAGAAGAUUGAGAAAGAGUUCCUAACUUUCAAAGCAGGGAAAUUGUCACACCGGGAGUAUACUUCCAAAUACAUUGAGAUGGCACGUCUCAUACCGUACAUGUCUGGGAAUGAUGAAAGGUGGAAGAAACAUUACAUUGAGGGGUUGCCUGAUAGGGUUAGGCACUUGGUAAAGGCCCAUGCUCCUCUUGAUUUUGAUGCAACAGUUGAGCUAAGUGCGACUCUUUACGAUGAUGUUUUAGCAGUUGAAGAGAAGUUGGAGGAACCAGAAAAGAAAAAGUGGGUUGGAUCGAAUAAGAGGUUCAGGGGUGAACAUGGGGAUACAGGUGAUAAGAGGGUUAAAACUGAGAACUUGGGUACAUGCAGGAAGUGCGGAAAAACGCACUCUGGGGAGUGCUCAAUGAAGACCAUUCUAUGUUUCCGUUGUGGGCAAACGGGACACUUUGCUAAUGAUUGUAAGGCUGGCCCCAAGUGUUACAAGUGUGGGGGUUUUGGGCACAUAUCCAGAGAAUGCAAGGGUAAAAAGGGCGAGGGGUCAAGCCAGGGUCCUGCUGAGGUCAAGAAAGAGGAUGUGAAACCGAAGGCAAAUGCACGGGCCUUCACGAUGACUAAGGCUGAGGCGAAGACUGAUCCGAAUGUUGUUUCAGGUACAUUCCUUGUUAAUGAUGUUCCUGCUUCUGUGUUAUUUGACUCUGGGGCCAGUAGGAGUUUUGUGGCCCAUUCCUUUUGUGGUAAAUUGCGUAGAAUGCCUAGGAAGAUUGAGGAACCAUUUUGUGUUGAAACUGCUGUGGGUCGACCUACUAGUGUGACUGAUGCUUUAGAUGAUUGUUUUAUUGAUUUGGAAGGUCAUAGGUUCCCUGCUAGACUGUUUAUCAUUACGUUGGGUGGUUUUGAUGUGGUAUUGGGAAUGGAUUGGUUGUCCACAUUUAAUGCAGAUAUCGUUUAG